AUUUAAUCUGGCCGCACUGCAAACAUCACUGACGGUUCAUUAUUUCAGGCCAUGUUUCAAAAUAGUUCAAAAUCAAAGAAUCGAUGAAGGAUUUUUGCCUGUGGAGAAAGGAUUCAUCUCGUUGAUGAACUUAUACGCGAUCGGGGUAACUAGGAAUGGGUGGCCAAAUGGAGAUAGAAGAGCUGGAACAUGACAUACAAAUGUUGCGAAAGCAACUGAAAGAGAAGGUUGAACAGCUGAAGACCUUGAAAAAACAUUUUCAGAAAAAUUGUAUCAACAAAUUGAACAACCAUGAAAUUGCUCGCUACAGUCGUCAGAUCAUUUUGUCCGAAAUCGGUAUGCAGGGUCAGUUAAAAUUAAAGAAGGCAUCCGUAUUGGUCGUCGGAGCCGGCGGAUUGGGUUGUCCCUCGUCACUGUACCUUGCCGGAGCCGGUAUUGGUCGCGUAGGAAUCCUAGAUUACGACGAGGUAGAACUUACGAACCUCCAUCGACAGUUGCUUCAUACGGAAUCGACUAUUGGCUUGACAAAAGCCGAUUCCGCAAAAGUUCAACUGGAAGAGUUGAAUUCGCAGAUCGAGAUUGUUGCACAUCAUACACAGUUAACCAGUGACAACGCACUGACCAUCAUAGAACACUAUGACAUUGUGGUUGAUGCAACCGACAAUGUGGCCACAAGGUAUUUGUUGAACGAUGCGUGUGUUUUGCUGAAGAAGCCACUAGUAUCCGGUAGUGCUCUGCAGCUAGAAGGUCAGUUGACAGUAUACAAUUAUAAAAACAGUCCGUGUUACCGCUGUUUGUUCCCAACGCCUCCACCACCCGACGCAGUUACCAAUUGUGGAGACGGUGGUGUUCUUGGGGCCGUGACUGGCGUGAUUGGUGCCUUGCAAGCAUUAGAAACUAUCAAAAUCAUUCUUGGGAACGAAGGUGUACUGGCCGGGCGGUUGCUGUUAUUCGAUGGCCAGCAGAGUACAUUUCGAAAUUUGAAACUCCGCCCUAGGAAAAAAGAUUGCACCAUUUGUUCGGAUAAUCCAACGCUGACGAAAUUAAUUGAUUACGAACAGUUCUGCAGUAUGAAGGCAACAGACAAAGACUCGCAGCUGUCUUUACUCGAACCGGAAGAACGUAUUACUGUACAAGAGUAUAAACAACUGAGCGACAGCGGAAUUCCCCAUCUGCUAAUAGAUGUUCGUGGAUCGAAUCAAUUCGAAAUCUGUCAAUUGCCGGCAUCGGUCAACAUUCCUAUCGAUGACGUGCUGAAGAAUCGUAAAACGGACGAUAUAUUGACGCAGGCAUCCCAAAAACUGCCUGUAUAUGUGGUUUGCCGUAGGGGAAAUGAUUCACAGCUGGCAGUGCGUCAUUUAGCGCCACUUUUUCAAGAACGUGGUUUGGAUUCACCGAAAGAUAUAGUGGGAGGUUUACACGCAUGGUCACACAAUGUUGACCAUCAGUUCCCGAUUUAUUGAAUUGAUAAAGGGAAUAACCGAAAGAAAA